AUGUGCAUCUUCAACCAUCCCCUUCGAGCUUAUGCUGAUACAAGAACCGGAAUACAGAAGCUGGAGGAACUACACAGGAAGUACGGUCCUAUUGUACGAACUGGUCCGAAUGAGGUAUCAAUCAGUAACUGGAGACACCUGCGCACCAUCUAUCUCAAUACCAAGGGAAUGAUUAAAAACCCAGACUUCUAUGAAGCUGCUACCUUUGUGGGUAAAGACAAUAUUUUCCAGAUGAUAAAUGUCCAACAACAUGCUGCACGAAGAAAGAUGAGUAGUCCCCCAUACUCACUGCAGUCCGUUGCGCUGCUCGAUCCCUUGAUAAAAGGCAAUGCCCAACGUCUCGCGCAACGGCUUAGAAGCGGCACAUCAUCUCCCGUCGAUGCCUACACACUAUGCGGUCUCUUCAGCCUUGAGGUAAUAUGCCAAGCUGGCUUCGCAAAAGACUUCUCCAACGACAUCAAUGGCGCAGCUGCUCUCAAACUACUCCAAGCAAUGGAUGGAAGCGCCCUUACAUUGCUCUUUGACGGCGCCCUUCCUUUUGUAGCCAGAUUUGGCAUCGGUACCAAAUUGCCAGGCGCCAUUGGUGACUCAUAUCGUAAACGAGAGUACUGGCGGGAGAAGUCUUAUGAGAUGGUCGAUCACUUUCUGGAGAAGAGUACGGAUGAUGAGAAGUAUUUGCUUACGCCUCUUGCGACUGGGGUUGAUGGAUACCUGGGGCGCAAACUUACUCAUGAAGAGCUUGUCGAGGAAGCUAUGGGCUAUAUGUUUGCUGGCUCUGGUACUACAUCGUCGACAUUGACAUACUUGCUGUACGAGCUCUCAAAGCCGGAGAACGCCGCUAUUCAGGAGCGAUUGCGCACGGAAGUACUGGCAAUACCUGAUGAUGAUAUUGUGGUCAUCAGAAACAACGCAUACAUCAAUGCAAUCAUCAAAGAGACCUUCCGUGCUCAUCCAACAAUCAUCUCAACCCUACCUCGUCUACUCACCGAGCCUAUGACGCUCGGCCAGUACACUCUCCCAUCAGGCACGGUUGUCGGAAUGCAGAACUGGCUUCACCACCAUGAUGCCUCAGUCUUCCCGGACCCAGAGAGAUUCAUCCCUGAGCGAUGGCUCGCCGAGACUCCGGAGAUGAAAUCUGCUCUCACACCGUUUAGUCUUGGUAAGAGAAAUUGUAUCGGCCAGAAUCUUGCGUGGCAGGAGCUUUAUUGGGCUGUAAGCGAGGUCAUGCGAUCAGGUUUAAGAUUUAGAGUUGCGCAAGAAAUGAAGGAUUGGGAGAUGGAGAUGGAGGAUCGGUUCAAUAUAGCUCCGCGCGGGAGAAGGCUCAUGCUUACUGUUUCGCCGGUCGAUUAG